AAAAUGUAUCUUGAAAUGAUUUUCAUUUAGCCUAAGUAAAAUCAUUAAAUGUCAUGUAAUCCUUUUGUUUACACACACUUGUUUGAAUCUUUUCCAGCAUUUGCAAAGUUUGGUGUGCCAGCCAUAAUAGAAGGUGUGAAAGUUUUUGACAGUUCAGGGACUGAGUUGGAUGAUGAUGUAUUUGAAGAUAUAGUAACGGAUCCCUCAACUGGGGUACUAACCAUCAAAUAUGACACAGGUUUGGAAACAGCUGCUACAGAAGUGUCUCCUGAGCAGUUGCAGUUAUCAUCGUCACAUUCUUCAGAUUCACAGGACACGGUCAUCGUUUCAGACAGCCCUUCUAGGAAACGCAGGAAGCUGGACGCAGAGGCUAAGCAAUUGGUGGAAUCCAUUCUCACCAGCAAACCUGCCGGAGAACGUAUAAUAAAUGAAUACAUUCGAACCAAGUCCUUGGUGGAUGAAACCAGAAGAAAAAUGGUGAACAUACUGGUAGCUGACAUGACAGAAAAAAAUGGAACAUCACCACCACACCAGGUAAAAGAAAUGUAUGCCAGAGGAAUUGUAACCUUAUUCCCCUACCUCAGUGACCCGUACUCCAAAAAUGGCUAUGAACAUUAUUAUGAUGGUGAGAGUGGCACUGGGUACUUGGCCUGGAGGAUUAAAACCAUACAGAGAUGCAGUACUAAAGACAGGCGAUUAUCAUUUGGAGGAGAUGGAUCAUCGGGUGAAAACCAGUGUGGAGGACCAACUGGAAGACGAGAGUUGCAGUUUGUUACAGAGGAGGUGCUGAGUGAGGAUGAGUGCAAGGAAGCAAUCUCACUGAUGAAACAUUCAGCUGAUGAAGACACAGUCAAGAAGAAGAUGAAGUUGACAGCAGUUUAUCGCCGCAACAUGGUCCUUGACCCCUUGCUGUCAAGCAACAUACUAUCCGAUUUUCCACGUUUUAAAGGCUUGAUUGAACAGGAUUUUGUACUGAUGUUUGGUAAGGAUGUAUCAGGCAGGUUUCUGGAGAGGUGGCCAACAACAUUCAAAGGAAAGAUUAUCCAACAAGGCAGAAAGCUUCCUUCUGCCAGUGACCUGGAAGAACUCUUGCUGGCAGCUGACCCUCCUGAGGAUGCCACUGAAGUUAAUGCUGACAUUGGUUGGGACAGUGACCUCUCAACAAUUUUAUUGCUAUUACAUCUGAUUCCACCAUCUGGACAGGGCCGGAAAAGACCAGGAAAGGUGUCAGCUUCCCAAGCGGAAAAGCAUCUUGUGGUCUUCAAGAAGACUGGGACAAAUAUCCAAGAGCAUCUUGAUGCCAUCACUACUAGCACUCAACCCUACCUCUUGGCUGUUGGGGUGAAGAAGAAUGACAUCCACCAGUACUUCAUUAUUCUUGACAAGAACGCCAUACCAUGCAAGUCAACCUCUUCUCUAGGUUCUUUUGAUGAAUUGUUUAAAGCACAUUUUGUGUUUGGUACAUCUUACAACACCAUGCUUCACAACAUGUACACAUUCAUCCAAACCACUGUGUACAACAUAGAUGUUGGCAAAGUCAAAGAAAGUCCCCGAGUUGCUGAAGUAAGGGCAAGGUUGCUUCAUUAGUGCUUGAAGUUUGAAUCCCAUUGAAUUCCUCCAUGAAGUGUUUUGUCUGUCAGGCUGAGUUUACUGGUUCAAAAAUGCUUGUUAGGCAUUUACGGUUAGUUCAUGGUUACUUACCUGGAAAAAAUCUUCGCCUUAAAUGUGCCCAGCGUGGCUGUGGCUGUGUGUUUGGUACUUUUUCUGGUUUUAGAAAACAUUUAAAUACCAAACACCUUAACUAUUUUGACCAACAGGCUGACACUGAUGUUAAUCUCCAGCCUGAUGUGGCAGUUAAACAAGUUAGCAGUGCAGGGGAGGUGGUGUCAACUAAUGUAGAAGAGACACCCACAACAUCCGAAAUAUUGAAGUCAAAUAAAAGCACUCUGGAUAUGUGUGCCUCUGCUGUUGCACAGUUCAGGGCAGCGGGAUUAAGCCAAUCUACUGUAAAUAGUUUUGUCUCCUCAAUGGAAGAACUGUUUUUUGAGAUUCAUACUCAGGCUAAAGAUACAGCCUUACAGAGCUUACCUUCACAGGACACCACAAGUAAAAACAAA